AGAUGUUGAGUGUUCACUAAUGUCGAGUCAAAAGUGCUUUUAAAUCGGAGAGGAGGAACAAAAGAGCACACAGAGAGAGAGAGAGAGAGAGGGAGCAGAUCACCACAGCAGUGGCUUUUGGUUUUUGCUGAAUUUUGGUGUCGUCUUCGUCAACUGUCGACCGGCGUUAAAUAAAAUUGCAGCACUGAGAGGUGCUGUUAUCUUCUCUUACUUACAAGCUCUACUCAACAUGAUGCCAUAGUUCAUUCAUAAAAACAAAAAGCCCUACCCUGCCCUAGACGACGCCGUUUCACUUCUCUGCCGGUCCUAUCUCUCACUCUCAUUCUCAGUCUCAGUCUCGGCCGCCACUUUUACCCCUGCAGCCUACAGGCAACAAAGAUUUCAGAGUGUAAAAUCAAAUCAGUAUAAUUUAGAUGGAGGACAAGGAAAAAUUGGGCCAAGAGAAGGAUCAACUUGGGCAGCCACCUCAGCCAGAAACAAAUGAUCAAGUUAUGAGGGAUGCUAUUCAGGACAAGCCGGCUACUCAUGAGGGGAAUGUUGGUGAUGAUGUUAAAGUCAAUGAGGCUCUUCUUAGUGAUGUGCCCAUAGAAAACAAGGCUGAUGGCAGCAAUGCCACUGUCAAAAAUCAGCUCAAACCUGUAGAUAAACAUGUAGGGGUGGGGGAGUUGAAGAAUGGGUCGAACGAUACUGAGAUGGCUGAGGCUGAGGAUACGGGGGAUGGUACACCAUCGCAGCAAGCAGCAUUUAUGAAGGAGGUGGAAAGUUUCUACAAGGAAAACACCUUGGAAUUUAAGGCCCCUAAGUUUUAUGGAGAGCCGCUGAAUUGCCUUAAGUUAUGGAGGGCUGUUACUAGAUUGGGUGGCUACGAUGUGGUGACUGCAUCAAAGUUAUGGCGGCAAGUAGGGGAGUCCUUCCACCCGCCCAAGACUUGCACAACAGUAUCUUGGACAUUCCGCAUAUUUUAUGAGAAGGCACUUUUGGAGUAUGAGAAGCAUAAGAGGCAAACUGGUGAGCUUCGACUUCCUGUUGGACCCAUCACUCAGUCCACGACCGUUGAGAAGGAGGCAAGUGGUCAUCAAACUCCUGGAUCAGGCAGGGCACGAAGGGAUGCUGCAGCUCGUGCUAUGCAGGGUUGGCAUGCACAGCGUCUUGUUGGAUAUGGUGAAGUUGCUGAGCCUAUUAUUAAGGACAAGAACUUAAGUUCUACCUCAAAGCGUGAAAAGAAUCUUAAAAGCAUUGGUUCAAUUAAACACAGGGCACCAACUAACCUGGAGCAUGCAACUGCAAAUAUUGAGGCAGAUAAGCAGGUAGUCACGACUGUUGUUGAUCUUGGACCUCCAGCUGAUUGGGUGAAGAUCAAUGUACGAGAAACUAAAGAUUGCUUUGAGGUAUAUGCUUUGGUACCUGGUCUUCUGCGUGAGGAGGUGCGAGUCCAAUCAGAUCCAGCUGGACGUCUGGUUAUAACAGGCCAACCAGAGCAGGUUGACAAUCCUUGGGGUAUUACACCAUUUAAAAAGGUUGUGAGCUUACCUGGCAAAAUUGAUCCGCUUCAAACAUCUGCUGUGGUUAGCCUACAUGGCCGGUUGUUCGUGCGUGUUCCUUUUGAACAGUGAUCAGCUUGAACCUUCCUCCCUUAGUGGGCUAGUUGAUCAAUUUUUCAGUGUAGGAAUUACAUUUUUUAUUUUUAUUUUUAUUUUUAUGUUGGGAGAGAUUUAGGUUGAAGGUUGGAACUAAUUUGAGUUGAUGUAUAAUCCGUUAUUUCAGUCAAA